UUGUAGUAACUGUAAACAAAGAUGGCAGCGAACUUAGUUGCGAGAACAGCAACGAAACAAGUUAAACCAAUAUUAUCAACAUCAAGAGAAGAAGCAAGGAGAAAUGUCUUUCGUUUGUAUAAAGAAUGGCACAGACAAUUGUUAUAUAUAAUUCAAGUACAUAAUUUGCCAAUUAGUUUGAAGAUGGGAAGAGACAAAAUUAAGGAAAUGUUUCUCAAAAAUAAGGAUGUCACAGAUAUUAGAGUAAUUGAUAUGCUAUGUGUUAAGGGACACAUGGAGCUGAAAGAAACUAUUAUGGUUUGGAAGCAAAAAACUCAUGUUAUGGCAUUUUUCAGAGAUACUGUAGAGCCAAAACCUAAAGAUUUUCUAGGAAGAUUUUUUGCUGGAUUGGAAUAAAAUAAAGAAAUUUAAUUUGUAAUUGUUUUCAGUUGAAUACUGUAAAUAUCUAUAGUGUGUAAUUAUCACAAUAAAUGAUCCAAUAUU